AUGCGACUGGAAGCCUACACAUAUUCCUCAGAAGCAUCGAGAACACGAGAGCCAACCCCAAGCACCCACACAAGCAGAAACCAGCAGAAGCAGGAGAGCCACCCAAAUACACCAAGCAAGCAGAAACAAGCUGAAGAAAAAGUCCCUCAAAGCAAGGCACCCACAAGACCACCAAAACGAAAGCAAAAGCAAUCGAGAACACGAGAAUCCACCCCAAGCACCCCACACACAGAAACAGCAGCAGCAGCAGCAGAAGCGGGAGGAGAUCCACCCAAACACACUAAAAGACAGAAGCAAGCAGAAACAAGCAGAAAAAGGCCACCAAGCACACCGAGAACCUUAAGUGAAAGCAGAAGCACCCAGAAAACGAGAACCAACCCCAAGCACACAAGCAGAAACCAGCAGCAGCAGAAGCAGGACGAGAUCCACCCAAACACACUAAGCAAACAGAAACAAGCUGAAGAAAAAGCAAUCGAGAACACGAGAACCGACCCCAAGGACCCACACAAGCAGAAACGCAGCAAGCAGCAAGCAGCAACAGCAGAAGCGGGGAGAGAUCCACGGCCGGCCAGUCGUCUUGGCAAAGAUCAGCUGAAUCCCCCCGAGAGGCGGCCACCAGUCAAGAUAACACAACCUCGCUAA